CAACUGCGAUGGCUGCGCUCUCUACGUUCCUCUAGGGCUGUCUUUUUGGCUCCCACGUGGGCAGGCCGGUAAUGGCGCUGGUCACAGCCGAGGCAGCGGAGCUGGGCGGCCGAAACGGCCCUGGCAGAGGUCGAGCCCCUCGGCGCCGCGUAGCCAAUCAGAUCCCCCCUGAGAUCCUGAACAACCCCCAGCUGCAGGCAGCCAUUCGAGUUCUUCCUUCCAACUAUAACUUUGAAAUCCCCAAGACCAUCUGGAGGAUCCAGCAGGCCCAGGCCAAGAAAGUGGCCUUGCAGAUGCCUGAAGGCCUCCUCCUCUUCGCCUGCACCAUUGUGGACAUCUUGGAAAGGUUCACAGAGGCCGAAGUGAUGGUGAUGGGUGAUGUGACCUAUGGGGCUUGCUGCGUGGAUGACUUUACUGCAAGGGCCCUGGGAGCUGACUUCCUGGUGCACUAUGGCCACAGCUGCCUGGUUCCCAUGGACACCUCUGCCCAAGACUUUCGGGUGCUGUAUGUCUUUGUGGACAUCCGGAUAGACACUGCCCACCUACUGGACUCUCUCCGCCUCACCUUUCCCCCGUCCAGCGCCCUUGCCCUGGUCAGCACCAUACAGUUUGUGUCGACCUUGCAGGCAGUUGCCCAGGAGCUGAAAGCUGAGUAUCGUGUGAGUGUCCCACAGUGCAAGCCCCUGUCCCCUGGAGAGAUUCUGGGCUGCACAUCCCCCUACCUGCCCAGAGAGGCAGAGGCUGUUGUAUAUCUUGGAGAUGGCCGCUUCCAUCUGGAGUCUGUUAUGAUUGCCAAUCCCCAUGUCCCUGCUUACAGAUACGACCCAUACAGCAAAGUUCUAUCCAGAGAACACUACGACCAUCAGCGAAUGCAGACUAACCGCCAAGAAGCCAUAGCCACUGCCCGUUCAGCUAAAUCCUGGGGCCUUAUCCUGGGCACUCUGGGCCGCCAGGGCAGCCCCAAGAUUCUGGAGCACCUGGAAUCUAGACUCCGAGCCUCCAAACUUCCCUUUGUGAGGCUGCUGCUGUCGGAGAUCUUUCCCAGCAAGCUUAGCCUGCUUCCUCAGGUAGAUGUGUGGGUACAGGUGGCAUGCCCACGCCUCUCCAUUGACUGGGGCACAGCCUUCCCCAAGCCGUUGCUGACACCCUAUGAGGCGGCGGUGGCCCUGAAGGACAUUUCCUGGCAGCAGCCCUACCCCAUGGACUUUUAUGCCAGCAGCUCGUUGGGUCCAUGGACAGUGAACCACGGACGGGACGGGCCCGCCCAGGCCCCGCUGCGGCCUGCGCUGGGGAAGGUGCAGGAGGGGCCCUUGCGUCCUUCUCCAGACGUGACUUGCGAGGGUUGCAGCUGCAGAGAUGAGAAGGUGGUGCCACUUGCUCAAUGAGAUGAUCCUGGGUCUCAGGGUCUUGCCCUCCGGAGGAGCAGCUUCGAGGCUGGUGGUUUUCAGAACAGGAGACAGACGUUUUCUUCGCACUAAAAGAGCCCACAGU